GGUCCGCUAACUUUAAUUAUGCAUAUAAUUGGUAAUAAUUUGUGUAUUGAAAUUAAAUUCAACUAGUAAGUUAUUAUUAUUAAAAAAUAAAUACAGUAAAUGAAAUUCAGCUGAAACCGAACGGCUAACCCGUUUAAACCCGACAUAACCCGACGCGGGUGCCCGGUUUAGGGUUUUGGAUUGAAAUCGCAAUAUAAAUACUAAUCCCGCUAACCUCAUUUCUCACUUCACACUUUAUCUUCUUCAUUUCGCCACUCUCUCCUCCGUCUAAGCUACCCGUCUCUGCCAUGUCGCCGCCUUAUGCUGACUUUUCGUCUCUGAUGCCUCACGUGCAGAUCUUGGAAGAAGAAUUUGAAUCUGAUGACGAGGUAGGUCGAUUUGAUUCACAGUUCUUGCCUAUAUGUGCUUCUAUGAUCCUUCAAAAUGAUUUUCCCUUUGAUUAUUUUGAGCGCGAAACAACGAGAAACUCCACACAGCAGUUAAAUCCAAAUCUUGUUUUGCCUCCUCCUAAUGUUAUUGAGGCUUAUGUUUCGGAUUUAUACAUGGAAGAGAAAUCUAAGCUUAAACAAGAAUUGGCUACCAUUCCUAAUAGGAUAUCUUUAACUUUUGAUUUGUGGACAUCUUGUACUACCGAGACCUAUAUUUGUUUGACUGCUCAUUUUGUUGAUGCGGAUUGGAAGUUAAAGAGUAAGCUUCUCAACUUCUGUGUUGUUCUCGAUACUCCAGCUGAGAUGUGCGAGAGAACGAUUGAGUUUUUGAAGGAUUGGGGAAUAGAGAAAAAGAUUUUCUCUCUCACUUUAGAUCAAUCACCUAAGAAUGAUAUUUUGCAAGAAGAAUUGAAAACGAAACUUGGUUUGCAAAAUGGGUUGGUAUGUGAUGGAGAGUUCUUUCAUGCUCAUUGUUUUGCACGCGUGUUUAAACUGAUUGUUGAUGAGGGGUUGAAACUAGUUAGUCGUGCUGUGUGUAAAAUUAGAGAGAGUAUCUGGUUUGUGAAGGAGUCAAAGAGUAGAAGGAAAAAUUUUAAGAAGUGCGUUGAAAAGGUUGGUGGUGUUGAUAGUUCAGUUCACUUGCAUCUGGAUAUGUCUAUGAGUGUGAACUCAACUCGUUUGAUGCUUGAAAGUGCUGUUAAAUAUCGGGGUGUGUUUGAAAGUCUUCGCUUGUAUGAUGAUGAUUAUGUGUUAUGUCCUUCAGCAGAAGAGUGGAAAAGAGUAGAAAAAAUUUGUGCAUUCUUGUUGCCUUUUAGUGAAACUGCUAACAUGAUUAAUGGCAAACCACCUCCUACUUCCGACAUGUGCUUUUUGCAAGUUUGGAAAGUUCAAUGUGUUCUAGUUGAUACUUUGGAAGAUGAAGAUGAAGUUAUAAAGAGAAUGGCUAAAAGGAUGAUGGGUAAGUUUAAGAAAUAUUGGGAUGAGUAUAGUGUUAUUCUUGCAUUGGGAGUGGUUCUUGACCCACGGAUGAAGUUUUCAAGAUUGGCUUAUUGUUACUCAAAACUUGAUCCAUCAACCUGUGAACAGAAGCUGCAAAAACUAAAGAAAAAGUUGUACAUGCUAUUUGACAGUUAUUCUAGCAAAAGUACUUCUUCUGGCGUGCAAAGACCUAUUCAUGACCUAUCUGAUGAAUUGAAAAUGCACCAUCAACAGCUUGUUGCUGAAACUGGAAACUCUGAACUUGAUAUUUACUUAAAUGAGCCAGGUUUGGAUUUUCAUUCUUAUGAAGAUAUGGAUGUACUACAGUGGUGGAAGAAUAAUAAUGGUCGAUUUCCGGAUCUAUCAAGAUUUGCUUGCGACUUGUUAAGUGUUCCCAUUACCACUGUCGCUUCCAAUUCUGAAUAUUGCACGGGCUCAUACUUCUUUAACAAGUAUAAAGAUCGUAUGUUGCAGAUGGAUGUGGAAACUAGAAUUUGUACUCGCAGUUGGCUGUAUAGUUUUGUUAGCAAUGAUGUAGAAGACGACGACGAUGACUUUGAAGAAAUGAUGAAUGAAUUUGAUGGAGCUGAUGAUGGAGAAGACGGUGAUGAAUGAAGAUGACGUUGAUGAUGAUGAUGGUGAUGAUUUAUUUGCUUGUAUUUAUUUUACUAGGCUUUAUGGUUCAAAAACUUUAAACUAUACAUGGUUUGUUAAGGUUAUGUUUUCUGGACUUACUGCUGAACUUAAUUUUUAAUGUUUGUAACUGUAGACUUGUUUUGAACUUGUAAUAUGGGGAUUUGUUUGCUUUCUAAUGUUUGCUGUUGGACGAAGUAAGUUUGUAAGUCCAUGUGAAAGGGGACAAGACAAUGAUCAACUAGUAAUUGUCUUUAUUCUUGUGGAUUGUUCUAUAGAAUCUCUAUUAUUGAAUUUGGUUUGGUUUAUAGUCCUUA